AUGGUAAAAGCCAAUAAUGGUGAAAAAGACGAAGCCUCGAGUGGACCCACCUUCUCAUCUCAUGAUGUUAUAAACCAUGAGAAUCAGCCAAGUCGAAAAGCGAUUACGAAGGCGCCAGAUGGGCUUUAUCCAAAACCGAUUGCAAGUUCCUUUAAUACAUUUCAGAUAGACGCUGCUAGGCGUAUGCAUAUGCUAACAAUUAACUCAAGAAUGCCUCCUAGAUUUAAAACGCCUAAUUCAAACUCACGGGAUACAAAAGAUGGUCAAUCACGUCAUUUCCACGAUGAAAAAAGUUCCGAAAGUAGGUCACCGGAUAAAAAUGAGCAAAGCACAACAGAUAAAGACGUUCAAGUUCAAGUACCAGCAAUGGGAUGUGAUGAUCAAAAUUGUCAGAACCCACGUUGUGCACAUUGUGGUGCUGUUAUCAUACCUGCACCAGCUGCUACAUUUCCGUUCAAGGAUACACCUUCAAUAUCCAUCAAUGACUGGGAGAUAUAUACUGCCAGAAAGCCAAUUCUUACGAAAGAAGAAAUUGAACAUUUUGAAAGCAUUCUUGGAGUUCCUGUACCCGAGAUGAUUUUUGGAAACAACAAAGUCGAGGUUUUGAAUAGCAACAAGAAUCUCCAUAUCUGUUUUAAUUCUCUUGAUGCACUCAGAACUGUCAGUAUUGAUAAUAAGGAUAUACUAAAGGUCUCCUAUGCAGAUGAAUGGUUCAAAAGUCGGGCUAAGGCUCACCAUAACGAUGAUGAUGUGCUAAUGGAGAUCAUCAAACCAUAUGAUUGGACAUACACUACUCAUUAUUUUGGAACCGAUCUUACAGUGCCCGAAGGUGGGUUCGUUCAUGAUGACAGCUACACAAUUCCGCAUGAUAAGCUUACAAAGCAUAGUCCCAUCUUAUUCUUUGACGAUAUGACACUCUUUGAAGAUGAAUUGGGUGAUAACGGAAUAUCGACACUUAAUAUUAAGAUAAGAGUGAUGCAUGACUGUAUGCUUGUAUUACAAAGAUCAUUUGUGCGUGUCGACAAUGUUCUAGUGCGGAUACAUGAUACCAGACUCUAUGUUGAUUUUGAAGAAAAUUUGGUCGUGCGGGAGUUCAAGCGACAGCAACAAGAUUAUGACAAGCUGUUAAAUCUUGCAGCCGGCCAUAGUGAUCCCAAAAAGCUUUUAAGAGAUAUGCAGUGGUGUUCUAUGAGGCUUCCUGUUGUGGAUGUGCGUAGAGAAUAUGCAAAACUUUCCUAA